GCUAAUAUCUGCCUGAUCCAGUCACUCACUGAAACUUCAGGGUCAGCUAGCAGGCGGUUCCUGUGUACAACGGGGUUUGCAAAAGGGUGACAUGAAAGAAGGAAACUAGUUGUUUGAGAAAGAAAGAACACUGAAGAAGAGAGGCAAGAUAAUCUGCAGUAGGGAAGGAGCCACACCAUUUUACAGUGGAAAGAGAUGGAGUACAAAGUUACCGUGGCCACCGGGACCUCGGAGUAUUCAGGAACCAAUAACUAUGUGUACAUAACUCUGGUUGGAGAGAGAGGAGAGAGUGAGAGAACCGUGCUGGACAAUCCAGGCCUAGACUUCUGUAGAGGAGCGGAGGAUGAUUACACGGUUAGCAGCGCAGCUGAUUUGGGUCCCCUGAUACUGGUGCGACUGGAAAAGCAGAAGUACUGGGUGGAGGAUAACUGGUUCUGCCGAUAUGUGAAAGUCCGUGUUCCUGGAGAAAGAUGCAUCUAUACUUUUCCAUGUUACCGCUGGCUAGUGGGAGAUGGAGUGGUAGUAGAGCUCAGAGAAGGCACAGCCAAAAAGCUGAGUGACGACACCUUGCCACUGGAGAUAGCUCACAGAAAGUCAGAGCUUCAGGAGAGGCAGAAAGUUUACAGAUGGCUUGCAUGGGCCCCCGGCAUUCCAAAAUGCAUUGAUGCCAAGUCAGAGGCCGAUCUCCCCCAGGACGUUCGCUUCGACAAUGAGAAACGCAGUGACUUUGUGGGAUCCCUUCACUAUGCGCUUUUGGAGCUCUCUCUGAAAAAACUGGCAAUCAAGUUCGGGAAGUCGUGGAAUGACCUGGACGAUUUCAAAAGGAUCUUCUGGAAGCUAAGAAGUCCUAUAGCUGGUAACAACAAUUUUUAUACGUUUUCGGUUGCAGCCCAUACGUAAUGCAUUUGUAAAAUA